AUUAUUGAAUCCGAUCAUCUCCUCGACUAACAAGUAGCGAGCCAAUCAAGGUCCUCCCGAAUUGCAGCAGCCAAACAACCCGUUGUCUUCUACCAUCUGUUUGGUUGCGCCAUGGAAUGAUCUCUCUCUCUCUCUCUCUCCCAGAGGAGAUGAGACCAAUUCUCCGUUUGUUCCCCUUCCUGCUCCUGCUGUUGCAUCAUCAUCAACGCUGGUACGAGUACUCGACCCUGCUCGCGGAAGCAGUAACUCUGCCCCCAUUGCCCGUUAGGCCCAUCCCAUCUUCCUCUCAGCUCUCAUGGCAGCUGGGGGAGCUGGCCCUCUUCCUCCAUUUCGGCAUGAACACCUUCACCAACUCAGAGUGGGGCACUGGGCACGCCGAUCCUUCCCUCUUUAACCCUGAGGCCCUGGACGCCAAGCAGUGGGUGAGGGUGGCAGCUGAUGCUGGGUUCUCAAAGGUCAUCCUUACCGCCAAACACCACGAUGGCUUCUGCCUCUGGCCGUCCGCGUUCACCAAUUACUCCGUCAAGUCCAGCCCCUGGAGGGACGGCAAAGGGGACGUCGUGGCCGAGCUCGCUGCCGCCGCCCGGGAGGCCGGUAUUGGGCUGGGGCUGUAUCUUUCCCCCUGGGAUCGGCAUGAGCCCGUGUACGGUCGGACGACUGAGUACAAUCAGUUCUAUCUUGGGCAGAUGACGGAAUUGCUCACCGGUUAUGGUGAAAUCAAAGAGGUCUGGCUAGAUGGUGCCAAAGGAAAAGGAGAGAAGAAUAUGGAGUACUUGUUUGAGGACUGGUUUAGUGUCAUUCAUCAACUUCAACCAAGUGCUGUCAUAUUCUCAGAUGCUGGACCAGAUGUUAGGUGGGUUGGUGAUGAAGCUGGGGUGUCUGCAACAACCUGUUGGUCGCCUUUCAAUACAUCCCUUGCCAGUAUUGGUCAUACAGAUUCAAGGUAUUCAAGUGGUGGAGAUCCGCAUGGUCAUGAUUGGGUUCCACCUGAGUGUGAUGUCUCCAUCAGACCUGGUUGGUUUUGGCAUCACUCAGAGCAUCCGAAGUCAGCACAAAAGCUGCUUGAUAUUUUCUACAAAUCUGCUGGUAGAAACUGUCUUUUGCUAUUGAACGUUCCCCCAAAUUCAUCUGGCCUUAUAUCAGAGGAAGACAUUAAAGUGUUGAAUGAAUUUGCUAAGCUUCGCAAAACCAUAUUCUCCCACAACUUGGCAAAGAAUGCCAUAAUUACUGCUAGCAGCACCCGUGGUGGAAAAGGAAAUCGCAUUUACAAUCCUUACCAUGUUCUCGAGGAAACUGUUUAUUCUUACUGGGCUCCUGAACCAGGGCAGUCUUAUUCUGCUAUUUAUCUGAAUUUUCAAGAAACUGUUUCAUUCAAUGUACUGCAAGUCCAGGAGCCAAUCCAAAUGGGCCAGAGACUGAUUAACUUUCAUCUUGAUAUUCUGCAUGAUGAGCAGUGGCGAAGAAUAGCAUCUGGUACUACAGUUGGCUACAGGAGGCUAUUGUUUUUCCCCAUUGUGAAGACAGAAAAACUGAGGUUUGUUAUUGAUAAAUCUAAAGGUGAUCCUUUGAUUUCAUAUCUUGGACUCCAUCUGGACCACGUAUCUGUUUUUCCUCACGAUGAAAGAAAUUCUUCAGCGAAGCUGAAUAGUAGUUGUAUUCAAUUAAACGUGCAUAACCAAAGUACUUAUUUGAGCAAAGCGAUAAUGUAAGAUUUGUAUGUGCAAACAGAUACUAUAAUCCAUGUUUGUUCAUUUGGGGCUUUCUAGA